GAGCUGCGUCGUCAUCCUCCUUUUUUGACUUCCCGAAAUGCGCCAAGCCCGUGAUGUACGUGUGUGCUCUUUCGACGAAGCUCCCGACGAUGCGAGAGUGACAAGACUGGAGUCUAGUGGAGAGAUCGACUGCUGGCCUGUCAUUCUGAAACGGUCAAGCGGAGGGACCUUCUGUCGUGUCAGAUAUCCCAAAGAGUGUUUGAUGACAGGUUUUCUUUGAUCGUGCACACAAAGAAGAGGGCAGCAUAGUACUGAGUUCUCAUUCAUUGUCGCUGGAGAGAUUUUCCUUUUCUUCUCAAUUAUUUCAGCUGAGUGUGAGAUUUCCUAGGACUGUAGGUCGGGAGUUGGAAAAGCUCUGGCUCAACCAGUGCAGUCAUUCUAAGCCCAUGCAAUGUCUAAAUUUCCCCCCGACACCGUUCCCUGCCUCCCCCACUUGAGCCAUGAAGACACCACCAUUGGGUUCUUCUUCGGCCUUCGCACCGACUCAAAACACGAUCGAAAGCUGUUUAUUCAGCACGUCCUCAAAGAGGUUAGAUUGUGGAUGGAUGUCAGAGAUGAAGAGGAGCAGGCUGAGAAGCUACUUCAGGCCCAUUUGCCGACAAUCCUGCGUCUCAGUCAUGAGUGUCCGUUUGAAGACGUGCAGGACCAAUUCUCGAUGUUCCUUCACGAUAUUCAGAAAGAAAGAGUGGCGAAGCUGCCGCGUCUCGUCCGCCUCGGCCCCAGCGCAUUUAUUCAACCAGCAGAGGUCGCUCCACUGAGUUCUGCUGGCGAUGGUGUACGUGGACUGUUUGUAGAUGCAUUCCUGAAUGACUGCCGCGUCUCACACAUGGUACGACUAAUGGGAGACCACCCAGCGUACCUGAACCACUUUGUCAAAACACACCACUUCAUGAUGAGAGGAGAUGGCCCGCUUCCUCUGCACUGGAGAAACUACAUUGGCACUAUGGCCGGUGCAAGACACUACUGUGGCUACCUGAUCAGUCUGCAGCAGCUCGAGUUUGCUGAGCACUGCCAGGACAAGGUCUGGAUGAAGGACAUGGGUGACUCGCCGAAGAAGCUGCAGAACUUGGGCGAGCUCAACAAGAUUCUCGCUCAUCAACCCUGGCUUGUGGAGCCCAGUCACAUGGAGGAGCUUCUGAAGCCAGGCAAGGACAGCUGGUCCAUGUCGGAACUAGUGCAUGCAAUAGUUGUGAUGACGCAUUUCCACGCCUUGGCGGGCUUUGCGCUAGGCUGUGGUCUUAAUCCAGAGGUCGACACCAAUCUUGGUCAUACCUGGGAGGAACCCCUCGUGCAUGACUGGAGUGUAUCCGAUGCGGAAACAAUAUCACCGUGCAGCUCCGUGAACAGUCACGCCAGCACAGUGGUGAUGGCAACGCCAGCUGCAGCAGCGGCGGCGACUGCACCCGCUAACAGCAACGGCUCGUCUGCUCACAACUCGUCCCCCGGUUCUGCACACUUCCCCACGUCUAGUUCUAUACCGUUCUGUUCUGUUCCUGCUAACGGACUGCCCGGCAGCAUUGGGUACCCGGCAUCGUCUUCACCGCCCACCAGCCACUUCUCUCUCGGCGAUGGUGAAUACGGCACGUUCUCCUCAUCGCCUACCUCUCCGUUUGUGACCAGUGAGGCCUCACAGGAGAAGCUAUUACGCGGCAUGUUUGAAAAGAUGAGCUUGGUGCGUGCCGGGUCUGACUCAACGCUAACCGUGGAGGAUUGCCAGGAGCAGUUUGAGUGCGAGUCCUUGCUGAGCUGUGAGCUGGAGCCGCCGGCGAAGACGAGCACCAGCAGCGGUCGUGUCCAGUGCCCGUACCCGGACUGGAUAGAGCGCUUUGUGGACGAUCCGGAGUUCAGUCAUGAGGACUUUGCCCUGCGUGGCGAGUACUCUGGCAUCACGUCUUUCCGCUACUUCGACUACUCGUGGGAGGGUCAUGGCUGUUCGCUGGUCAAUCGUCUCUUCAAUGAUGUUGGUGUGCUGUUAGAUGAGAAGUUCAAGUGCAUCUCUACUAUGACGUACAAUACAUUCGGAGACAAGACGGACGUGGACACGCUGCCCAUGCGCCGUGCUAUCUGGAACUACAUCCACUGCAUCAAGGGCAUCUUCCAUGAUGACUAUGCCUACUCUGAGGUCAACCUGUGUCUGCCCAUCCCGUUCAAGUCUUACAUCAAGAAUGUGACAUGCUUCCCUGAGCGCGUUGGCUUUAUGGACUUCUUCAACAGUUUACGUGGCUUCAAGCACUCUGAACGGGUGCACAUCAACAUCAUCCUGAUGGAAGCCCGCUUCCAGGCAGAGCUGCUGUAUGCACUGCGUGCACUGAAUCGCUACAUCACGCUUUCCUCAAACAGCUAGUACAGCAGCUGUUUGUCAUUUCCCCCGACUGGCACCGUGCCAUCACCAUGUCGGUGAUGUUUUUAAUCGCUUUGAAUGUGACGCGCCUUGAUGCAGCUGCCGAUGAUCCACCUUUUCUCAUCAUCUUUUGCAACGCGUUCAUAUUUCUUUCACUGUUGGUAGCAAGCAGUGGAUUUUCAGAACAACUAACAGUGUGGCUGUCAUGCCCUUUCUUGCUGUUUUUUUUUUCUUCUUUUUUUUAUCUGAAGUAGGCUGGACUAUCAUGCCAUAUGCCUCCACUAAGCACUGCACAUAGACACGGCGAGUGUAAAUCAUAUGGGUGCAGGUUCACUCCAUCCCCCCACCCCCUUAUCCCCCUGAUUCCACCUUGGUCCUAUAUCUCAGCUUCACCAUCGCACUUGCCUGCUGGCACUGUUCCUGUGCUCCCCGUCACUCUCCCUCCCCUCCCUCUCCCAAAUCACCCAUCGGAUCUAUUUUUACUCAUACCUUAUUUAUGGUACUUUCUUUUCUCAUAACAUCAUCCAUUAUUAACGGCCAGAAAGUCGCUUUAUCAAUUAUCAUCAUACUAUUUUUGAGGCUCACUGAUAAAGAAGAAUCAGCCCUUC